GGGCAGGCCGGCGGGAGCCACGUGGCGGGGCGGUCCCUCCCCCGGUGCAGCCUGCGGAUCUGUGCCUCGCUGCAGCCGUUGCACCAGCUCGGCCUUCGCGGGCGUCGUCCAGUUCACUCCCACCGGAGCGUGGCAGACACCCCUCCGUGCACCCUGGAUUGCCUGACUCUGCUGCUGCUUUUGCCUGCAGGAGGCACCUCUCUACUGUGUUUGACUGGUAAUUCUGGCUGCUUCAGUCACCACGUGUGUAAAACGGAUCUCAUACGGUCAUGGCAGACGAAGACCUUAUUUUCCCCCUGGAGGGCAUCGACAAUGGAAAAUCACUCCAUUCUGGCCACGAAUGCUAUGCUGAUGGAGACAGUGAUGAGGACGAUAAUUUCUAUAUCUGCCCCAUUACAGAUGACCCAAUAUCGAAUAAGAUCGCAAUUUCUAAAGCCUCUAACUACUACAGCAACCUAGCCAAAAACGAGCAGUAUGGAUCCAGUUCUUCCCCAGGAAAUUCGUUCCAUUUUAAGGAAGCCUGGAAACAUGCUAUAGAGAAAGCUAAACAUAUGCCUGAUCCCUGGGCUGAAUUUCAUCUUGAGGACAUUGAAACACAGUGUGCUACUCGUCACAGGUACAAUGCAGUCACUGGAGAAUGGGUUGAAGAUGAGGUCCUCAUCAAAAUGGCAUCUAAGCCCUUUGGCCGUGGAGCUAUGCGGGAGUGCUUCAGGACGAAAAAACUGUCUAACUUCCUGCAUACCCAGCACUGGAAAGGGGCCUCCAACUAUGUGGCGAAGCGCUAUAUUGAACCCGUGGAUAGGGAAGUGUACUUCGAGGAUGUGCGUCUCCAGAUGGAAGCCAAGCUAUGGGGAGAGGAAUUUAGCCGACACAAACCACCCAAGCAGGUUGAUAUUAUGCAGAUGUGCAUCAUUGAACUGAAGGGCAGAGCCGACCAGCCCCUGUUUCACCUGGAACAUUACAUAGAGGGCAAAUACAUCAAAUACAACUCCAACUCAGGAUUCGUUCGGGACGACAACAUCCGCCUGACCCCACAGGCUUUUAGCCACUUCACAUUUGAGCGCUCGGGUCAUCAGCUGAUUGUGGUGGAUAUUCAAGGCGUGGGAGACCUGUAUACAGACCCUCAGAUUCACACAGAGAUGGGCACAGACUUCGGAGAUGGCAACCUAGGAGUGCGAGGCAUGGCCCUGUUCUUCCAUUCCCACGCCUGCAACAAGAUCUGCAAGAGCAUGAAUCUCACCCCUUUUGACCUCUCUCCCAAGGAAAAGGAUGCCGUGAACCAGAACACAAAGUUGCUGCAGCUGGCUCAGACGGUUGUGCGGGGCACAGAAGAGAAGUGUGGCAGCCCGCGGGUGAGGACGUUCUCUGGAAGUCGGCCCCCUCUGCUUUUCCGCCUCUCGGAGAAUUCAGGAGACGAGAAUAUGAGUGAUGUAGCAUUCGACUCUCUUCCUUCCUCGCCGUCCUCAGCAACACCACAUAGCCACAGGCUCGACCACCUUCAUUGGCCGGUGUUUAAUGACCAUGAUAACCCAGACAACCAUAGGGAUUCUGAAAACAGUGGGGACAGCGGAUACCCCAGCGAGAAGAGGAGCGACCUGGAGGACCUUGAUCACCGAGACAAGGGACAUUCAAACGGCAACCGGAGGCAGUAUGAAUCUGACGAAGACAGUUUGGGAAGCUUUGGAAGGGUCAGUGUGGAUAAGUGGAAUCUCUACAACGCUUCUAGGCUCCACCUCCAGAGGCCAUCCUGUGUUGCUGGGGAAGUGCAGAGACUUAAUGCUCUGGACCUCGAAAAGAAAAUCGGAAAGUCCAUUUUGGGGAAGGUUCACCUGGCCAUGGUGCGAUACCACGAGGGAGGGCGCUUCUGUGAGAAAGAUCAGGAAUGGGACCAGGAGUCGGCCAUCUUUCAUCUCGAGCAUGCUGCAGAUCUGGGGGAACUGGAGGCCAUCGUGGGCCUUGGGCUCAUGUACUCCCAGCUGCCACACCACAUCCUCUCUGACAUCUCUCUGGAGGUGAGUGAGGAGACUGAUGAGAACAAGAUGAAGGGGUUUGAUUACCUACUAAUGGCAGCAGAAGCUGGAGACAGGCACUCCAUGAUUCUUGUGGCGCGAGCCUAUGAUACAGGCCUGAACCUAGGCUCUGACAGAGAGCGGAACUGGAAGGAGGCUCUGCACUGGUACAACUCGGCCCUGCACAUGACGGAUUAUGACGAAGGGGGCGAGUACGAUGGGGUGCAGGAUGAGCCCCGAUACCUGCUCCUGGCAAGAGAGGCUGCGAUGCUGAUGAGUGGAGGAUUCCACCUGGAGAAGGACCCACAGAGAUCAGGUGAUCUAUACACAGAGGCAGCAGAAGCAGCAAUGGAAUCCAUGAAGGGUCGGCUGGCAAAUGAAUACUACCAGAAAGCUGAGGAGGCAUGGGCAGUGAUGGAAGAAUGAAAGCUUUAAGAAGCCAUGACAAUUCUUGUGUGUAUAUCUAAAACAAAGUGUAUGGGGAGAAAAGACUUUGAGUUGCAACCUCUCCCUCCCCCCAGUAUUUUUAGCAUGUUGAAAACUGUUUUUUGUAUUUCAUAUUUUGACUUAAAAAUUUUAAUUUACUGCCAGAGAAAGAAAGAACACACAGCGGUUGGUUGGUAUGGCAGCAAAAUGGACUUUUACCUACUCUUCCAGUUACAUUAUCAAUUAACUUGGACUCUUUUGUAUUUUCUAGUUAGACCGGAAGGGCCGCCAUUUCCUUAAAGGGAGCUUGGCUGCCGGCAAUGAGUUGCACUCUUAUUUUUCCAAGUAGAAAAAUCAGUACUUGGUCCCCAGACUUCCCUGCUUCCACUAAAGAAGCCUUUUACUCAGAGUCCCCAGGGUUCUCCUUCUCCUGGGGAGGGAAUCUCAGGUGAAUCAACAGAAGGAGAUGCCCAUCAAUUGAAGUGACUUAGAAUAAUAAGUCUUGUACCAGUGGAAACUAUUUUUCCCCUCUUUCUUCCCCAGUGGACAGGGACCAAUAGAUUUUUUCUUUCCUCAUCCAUCUAUCCACCUAUCAAGUGACCUGGCCGUACUGAAGGAUGGGUGAGCCAGGCUACAGGACCUCAAGCUGAUUUUUUUUUGUAUUAGUCGAGUUGAAUAUAAUUGAUGCUUUUGCUUUUAGUGCAAUUUAACUGUUCCGUGGAGGAAAAAAAAGACUAUUUUUAACCAUGCUUCCUGAGGUUUGUUAAACUUGUAUGCACAUAUUUACUACCUCUUGGACUUAAAUUUACCUAGUAUGGAGUGGGUUUAGUUACAGACGGGGCUCUGGGCCCUAGUCAAAGCAACUGACUUUGGCCUCUCCCCUUCUUUCCUGGGUGUCAGUAGUGCAAGGGGUUUCUGGCUGAGACACACCCAUCUGAAACCUCUGGAGCAACUAAACCAAGGUGUUCAGACUCCAGCUGUGUAGCACGAGGUUGGGAUUUCACUUCUAGAAUAACUGUAGAGGCUGGAAUCUAAAGUCAGUGGUUUAGCUGCUCUAGACAGGGAGAGAAUGACUUGUUGGUAAUGAGAGGUCACCUUCUCCUUCCCUCUCUAGGCUCCCCAAAUAGGCCUUUCCAUUCUCUUCAUUUGGGGCAGUUGAACUCUUGUACUUCCAGCCCUGGCCACUCAGACUCAUGAGAGAGACUGUUCUUGGGUAUUUUAAAUUUUCAUCAUAUUGGAGAUUUUCUUGCACCUUAGUUUAGAAAAUGAAAAACCCAUAUAAUCUGUUCAAUGUGUUAUAUUUUUCUUGUAAACUUACAUAAAGUUUAAUGUAAAUUAAAUGUAAGUUCAAAAAUAUAGCAUUAAUCCAUUGAAAUCAGAUUGUCAUUUACUUCCUGUUAACUUUCAGCUUUUGUUCAUUAUAAUUUUCAGUUACAAACCUUUGGAGAAGCCCAUUAAAAAGUACCUCCAAGACUCUUGAAUUUUUUUUUUAAACUCAGAAUAUGAGUGAAUGUUCCCUAGACAACUGUACGAUUCUUGAUUCUUCCCAUCUUCAGAAAAAAGUGUUUUUCCACCCUUUGUCUGCUGAGAGCUCUUGCCCCAGUGUUCUUGCUUGCUCCUGUCUCUGUUAAGAGCGCCUCUGAAGGCUAGAGGACUCACACUUGUGUUCUUGUUUCCUGCUAUCUCUCUGUAAAGGAGCACCUUUGUCUGUUGUUGAGAGUACUGAAACCUGUGCUCUUGCUCACUCCUGUUUCUGAAAAGGAGCAAGGAGGUGUCCUCCGUUUAAAGCAGUCCGCAAUCGAGUCCUCUAUUUUGACUCAAAGUGAAUGAUCUUCUUUAUUCAUUGGGACAUAGGUAAAUCCAGAACAAACCCUCACUCACCUUUCCAAAAGAUGAUUGAUGGCCAGAUAUCGUAGGAGACAGCAUCCUUCAGGAGCGGAGACUACAAAGAGACACUUCCUCCCUUUUUGAUGUAGUAAGUAAAUUUCACUGAUUUAUCUUAUAAGAUGGGGUGUCUCCUUAUACCCCCAUCUUAGGGAUGAGGAAGAAUCAGAGAAGUUUUUCCUAAAGGGAACUUUUCUUCUCUGGAGGUUUUUGGUAACCACUUCAUCAAUGUAUGAAGCAACGUUCAUUUCUUGGGUUUGUUCAGUUGCCCUCAUGAAUAAAGAGCAGGUAGAAGGGAGCCACUUCCAUCCGAUAUCCUGGUGUGAUGAAAAAAGCUUAGAAGAAAUACCAGUCCAGCUAAAGUCCAAUAAGAUUUCUAAUUAGUGUGACCAGCAGCCUUAGGUGUUUGUAAGCUUUCUUUUAAAUAGUGCAGAAGAACUUACUCUGACUUCAAGCGACUGACAGUCUCAUCUUUUCUGUGCCUUCCGAGGUUGAGCUUGAUUGCAUUUUCAGAAAACGUACUCAGGUUGAGCGUGUUAACUAGAAAGCAUGAAGUGUCAGGGCUCUCAAGAAAGAAAGAGAUGAGCCAGACUGUAUUCUGGAGCAACCAAAACAGAAAUAGGUGCAAGGCAUUGGAAAGGUGAUUGAAACCUAGUUGACUGACCAGUCCAGCCUGGGAUUAGAGUGAAAGAGACUGGAGACUGUUCAAGUAACAAAAUGAAAAAAAAAAACCAACAAAAAUUGAUCCUGGCCUCUAAAGUUCUCUUCAAUGGGUGAUACAUUGUGAAAUUAUUUUUAAAUUCACCUCUGAAAAAGCCAAGAACUGCCCUUGGUUAACAUUUUAUUACCAAAUUCUGAGUUUUUAGUGUUUCUUCUGGCACAUAUAGCAUAUUUGCUGGGAUAAUCUACAAAUUAAAAUAUUUGGAUUUUUUUAUGAUCACUGAUGUUUACAGAUUUGCUCAGGUCGUUGUAUGUGUUAAAGAGAUUUGGCAGAGUUGUGGUUUUUAGUUGUUCCAAGUGGACAGUUAAUAAAGCUAAAUUAACCUGGAGUUUGCAUGUGAGAAAAGGACUUGCAUUAACUAUUCUCUUAUUCUCAUUAUUUAAUGCAUUGUUGUUCCAGGUUUAUUACAUCUUUCCAAAUAAAACUGUUCCUUUUGUUUGGUUUCUGA